GACAGUACUAGUGAAAGCUCAGGUGACGAAUCCUGUUGCGAGGCCGAGUCUAGGCAAUGGAUCAAUAGCACAUUGCUUAAUGACCCCAGGAUUCAACUUGCGAGACAGCAUUUACUACCAGUGGCUCGUGCACAGCUUGACAGAUUCUUCUCGGAAGCGAUAUACACCGAGCCACCGCACCACGAACAGAUACAACAAGAGCCCAGAAUUGAAUACAAUUGGGUGCCUCCAACGGACUUCAAUACAAGUUGCGAUAACCAGGGUCGCGCUAGUGACGAUUCCUUUGUUGUUAUACCACCAGUAGGAAGUCACUUCCGCUACCGAUGUCCCUUUCACGCUUCGAACCCAAAGAAAUAUCCUGUCUGUCUGAUUCAUCACGAACUGUAUUCUGUUGAGAGUGUGAUAAAUCAUGUCAAACGGCAUCACGCUCGGCCACCUUACUGCCCAAGGUGCUCAAAUACCUUUGAGACUGUGUCGAAAUGCGACAGGCAUAUCUUGGAGAGAAGAUGCAGAACCAAGUCUCUCAAAAUACCAGACGGUGUCAAUUUCUACCAGACAAACAGACUUUCGAAGAAAGACAAUACCCAACUAUCUAGCAAACGGCGCUGGGAGCGUAUAUACAAGAUAGUCUUCCCAGUGGCUGAAAGUUGUCCCUCGCCAUAUUUGGAUAGUGGGGUUGGGCUGGCUGUGUCGAUGGCACGAGACUUUUGGAGAGAACAAGGAAGAGAGGUGGUAUCUGAGUUCUUGGCGGGUCAGAAUUGGCUGUCAUUCGGCCUAGGAGAUGAUGCACAUGCU